UGAAUUUGCACACCCUAGAGGCCAACAGCAAGUACAGUUUCGUUUCCGCUUCCGUUUCCAAUAUUUUCGAGAGAGAUGUUAACAAAGCGGCAGCGCAGUGUAGCGCCGUAUUUUGCUGCACUUGAAAAUGGAGACCGAGCGCAAGGACAUAUGCGGCAGAACAUGCAAAGGGCAGUGGUUGAUGAGUACCUCGCGGUUGCGCAAAGCGCAAGGGAUAUCAAAAGUAAAAAUGUCUGGGUCUGGGAACUUGUGAUGCUGGGUGGCGUCUCAUGAUGAGGCUACAGAUGCUGGCUCAGCAUGACAAGUUUCUGAGCUCCUAGGUGUUGGCUAUUCUGCAUGACAAACUGCGCUUCUGCAUCACAGAAAAGCGGAGCUUUUGGGUAACGUGCAUGACAGAUUUAAGAGUCAUGCCAGACAAGCAUGACAAACAUAAAUUCUUCCAGACCCAGACAUUUUUCCAGUUGAUAAGGGAGUUGCUCCUCCCAUUUGCAAGCUGUCCGUACGAGGGCAUUUUUGCCAAGCCGUUCUUCGAUUUGGGGCAGCACGAAGGGGUUGGGAUCUUGAUCCUUGCGGCGCAGCUAGGAAAUGCGUUUUCUACUGCUGCUGAUUCAGUCCACAGCGCGCAAGCACUGGGGGGUCCACCAACAGCCGCUGUCAGCACUAACGAUGGUGGCGACGACGCGAAAAUCGAAAUGCAGACGCAGACUGGCAACCAAGGUUCAAAGAAAAAUUUCGAUCCGGGAACGACGUCUACACCCUUCUUGACGAAGCCACAGGACGAUAUUCACUAUCAAGCAGCGAAUUUGAUGGAAAAUCUGUUGGGUUUCAUCUCCACACAGCUUGUGAUUUGCACACUCACGCUGGCCGUUGCGCUGCCCCUCUUUGUUCACGGGGUGAAUGGUGUAUACGAUCCGGAUGCAAUCGCGCUGAACGGAAAAACGAGUGAAGAAGUGGUCAUCGUGAAAACAAGUAGUGGACGAGGAGGGACGAGCGCGAGCAGUUCAACAUCCGCGGCUGCAUCUUCCGGAGGAGCUGCGGAGGAGGAAAACAAGGGCAGCAACGAGUGGUUCUCAUGGCAGGCGUCCUCCUCCGGUUUCCUCUUCGCCGCCCACAUUGUGGAGACCGCGUUUCUAACGAUGAGCAUGUGGAACAGCGUCCGGGGCCUGAUGCACGGUUUUUUUCUCUACAGCGGCGUAGCGCUGUACAUGCCGGAGCUGCACCAGAAAUACAAACUGCUGGUCUCCGUCAUCACAAAGCCCUGCGAAUGCUUUAUCCAUGCGGCGCAGAGCAUCUUCUUUCUCUGUGCGGCGCUGCCCUUCCUGUCCACCCGCAUCUCGCCGAUUUCGACGGUGACGGCGCUGUUGUUGUUUUGUUCGGCGUUCUACACGGUGAAUUUCAAUCUCAUGGGUUUUGCCCACGACAUGGGGUUUCAGCAGUGGGAAAGGUGUAGGCACAUUCUAGGCCUCCAUACCGACGAACUGAAACAAGGUCAAGGUAGUAGUGAACUAGCUGAUCAGGUCGUGGUAGAGACGUCCAAAGAUGGGUUUUUCAGCAAGGGCCUCAGAAAAUGGGGGACAAUGAUCGCGUGAGGGCAGUAGGCAGGCGGAAAAACGGAGCAGCCGCAGACUGAUGAAAAAAGCAC